AUGUCUUACUCGGAACUCUUGAAACAUGUCCAAUCCAUUCAAAGGGUUUACGACGAGCUACCCUCGACUUCCAACGGCGUUCAAAAGCAACACUUACCCUCUUUGAUCCUCGACAUCUGGUAUGCAGACGCUACGAUACUAGACGUUGAAAGCGGCAAGAACUUGGUGGAUAGUGAAGUUGAAAGCUGGCUCGAGGCACUAGAAACUAAACGUAUUGUUCUCGAUCAACUUGAAAAGAUCUCUAUUGAGUUCGACUUGGAAAUUCCGCUUGUUGAUUAUCUUCCUGCUCCUGGAUCCGAAGACUGGCUGAGACUGUUUGAGGCUGCACAUCGUAUGAUAGAUGACUCCAAGGUCAUUCAAACCCAGUCCAAUUCACCUGAAGACGAAAAACGUGGAUAA